AAGUUUUCAGGUCCUAAGCUUCUUAAAUUAACUGAAGAAAGACUUGAAAAUUUAAGAAUAUUAUUUGAACCUGUAAUGAGAAUUGUAGACUUUACACCAAAGAUUAGUAAAAAAUUAAGUAUGUUUUCAGAUUUUACAACUAAGUGUUUAAAUGACAUUAAAAGUAGAAUGGAUAAUAUUGAUCCUUUAAGAGGUUAUAAAGAGAAAAUUAUUAGUAUAAAAGCAUCAGACGAAGUUAAUUAUGCAUUUAGAAUAAGUAAAAUAAUGAGUAGUUUAAAAGAACUAGUGUGCAUAAUUGAGACCAAAAGAGACAAAAAAGACAUAGGAAUUAUUCAAAACAUUAUGCAACUUGAAAGUAUUUUCUAUUCAAAUAAAAAAUAG